ACCAUGUUCCUGAUUCCAUCGCUCCCUCUCCUUCUCCUGAGUGUGGUGACAGCAUCUUGUUCAGAAACAGAAAUCUGUGAGAACGUCCAAAAGACCUGCUCUGUGAUUGCCUGUGGUUCUCCGGGCAAAGAUGGGCGUGAUGGCACCAAAGGAGAAAAAGGAGAACCAGGCCAAGGGCUCAGAGGCUUGCAGGGCCCUCCUGGAAAGUUGGGGCCUCAAGGAAGCCCAGGGCCCCCUGGGUUACCAGGAAGAGUGGGCCAAAAAGGAGACCGUGGAGAACAUCCAGAUCAUGAUUGGAGUCUCGCUGCUUCAGAAAGAGAAGCUUUGCGAGCAGAUUUGGAGCGUAUGAACAAGUGGCUGAUCUUCUCUCUGGGCAAAAAAGUUGGGCAGAAGUUCUUCUUGAACAGUGGUGAAAAGAUGACCUUUGACAGAGUAAAGGCUCUGUGCUCCCAGUUCCAGGCCUCUGUGGCCACCCCCAGGAAUGCUGAAGAGGACAAGGCCAUCCAUAAGGUAGCCAGGGAAGAGGCCUUCCUGGGCAUCACAGAUGAGGACACUGAAGGCCAGUUUGUGGAUCUGGCAGGAAGGAGGCUAACCUACCAAAACUGGAAGAACGGUGAGCCCAACGACGCUAACUCUGGGGAAGACUGUGUGGCGCUCCAGUCGGACGGCAAGUGGAAUGACGUCUCCUGCUCCUCCUCCCUCUUUGCAGUCUGCGAGUUCCCUGCUAAUUAG